UGGUCUCUGGUCCUGCUGGUCAUCGCUGCGGCUCUCUUCACAUACAUCGCCCUGUUACUGGUGUUGGCAGUGUGUCUGCUGUCUGAGGGUCAGAGGCUCUACCUUCACUGGAGCCACAAGACUGGCAUCAUGGUGACUCUGGUGUUCUCCGUCACGGCCACCGGCAUCCUGUCUGACCUCUGGAGCAAAGAGUGGAAGACUCUCCAGCUCUCCCUGCAGGUGACGGCUCCUUUCCUCCAUGUGGCUGCUGUCUCACUCAUGGCUGUCCUCUCCUGGCCGACUGCUUUGCACUUUUUCCGCAUGAACAAGAGAGUUCGGCAAGUCGUGGUCCUGGGUCUCUACCUGUCCGUGCUGUUCUCUCUCUACCUGGUUCCCCUGGGGAUGUACUCGCCCUGCAUCAAAGAGGCGGAAACCCUGGGUCCUGCCCCCGCCCUCAUCGGCCACAGAGGAGCUCCCAUGCUCGCUCCAGAAAACACCUUGAUGUCAUUUGAAAAGGCAGUUGAAGCUGGAGGAGAAGGCCUGGAGACGGACGUCACAAUAAGUUACGACGGCGUUCCCUUCCUGAUGCACGAUUCCACCCUGAGGAGGACCACCAACAUCGCCGAGGUUUUCCCCAAUCGGAGCCACCUCGACGCCUCCAUGUUCACCUGGGCCGAGCUGCAGCAGCUGAACGCUGGCAGCUGGUUCUUAUCGAGGGAUCCGUUUGGUACCGCGUCGUCCCUGUCUGAGGUGGAUCGCUCUCAGGCCCAAAACCAGUCCGUUCCCUCCUUGGCCCAGUUUCUGGAGGUAGCGGCUGCCAGCAGCAAACUGGUGCUGUUUGACCUGCGCAGGCCACCACACGGACAUCCUUACAGGCGGUCCUACAUCAACACGACUCUGAAGGUCAUACAGGCCCACAUCAACUCCUCACAGGUGCUGUGGCUGCCGUCUGAAGACAGGGAGCUGGUCUACGGUCUGGACCCAGAGCUGCAGCAGACCUCUGGAGUAAAAGCCUCCAUCCAGCAACUGACAGACGAUCACAUCUCAAGGCUGAACCUGCACUACAGCACCAUGUCCCAGCAGCAGAUCUGUAAAUACCAGUCGGUGAACAUCAGCACCAACCUGUACGUGAUCAGCCAGCCGUGGCUCUACACGCUGGCCUGGUGUGCCGGCGCUCAGUCCGUCACCACCAACUCCGUCCACAUCCUGUCCGGCAUCAGCAAGCCCCUCUUCCUCAUGACUGCAGAGGAAUACACUCUCAUGUGGAUUCUCACCGAUUCUGUGUCCGCCUUCCUCAUCUUUGCAAUUUUUACCUUCCACUGGUGGAGAGAGAGAGGCCUGCCCUUCGUGUCCGGCAGCCGUCAGACCCACGAGAACGGACCCUACAGCAAAUUCAGAACCGACUCUGCAGAGGUCGUCUGUAUUGGCUGGAACCCGCUCCACUUUGACCCCCCCGCUGCAGCUACCAUCGCCCUCCCCCUGGUCUUCAACCCAUGACCCCCUGCAUGCCAUCUCAUCCAUUCAGGAACGCUGUAUGCUUCAUAGCUGAGUGACGUCUGGUCCAUCUCCAGCGUGAACGGCCGACCCGACCUUCGGAGCGCGCCCGGUUCCCCCAGUAGCCCUCACCUGCCCACCAUUACAGAGGAGUGACAGACGAGGC